CUUGCUUAUUAAAAAUAGUCAGAUUUAAUGCCUCUCUUUAUCUCCCUGCACUGGUGUCCGGUUACAACUCAAAUCAAGUUCAAGAUAUUGCUGCUUGCGCUCAGCACCCGCCUACUUUUCUCCUUUCUUUAAUCUUACCCUGUCAAGGACUUACUUGAACAAUGCUUUAAACUUGGUAUUAAGAGCACUGCCUGUGUCUAUUGGCCUCUUUAAGAUGAAUCGCUUGAUGUAUUUACUGGUGUUCCAGUGGCUGUCACAUCAGGAGGGAAGAUGAAGAUAGUGGAGGAGCCUAAUACAUUUGGGCUAAAUAAUCAGCUUGUGCCUCAGAAUAAUCGACUGCAGGCGAAGAUCAGCCCGUCUCCAGUGUCUGGACCUCCACAUCUGCACAGACUGGCAGGAAAGUGCUACAACUACAUUGAAGCCAUAUACAAAUACGUAUUUUGUCCAUUUCAUAAUGUGACUCAGCAUGAACAGAGCUUCAGAUGGAAUGCAUACAGCGGUAUUCUAGGUAUCUGGCAGGAAUGGGAGAUUCAGAAUAACACGUUUACUGGCAUGUGGAUGCGAGAAGGAGAUUCAUGCGGCAACAAGAACAGACAGACCAAGGUUCUCCUGGUUUGUGGGAAUAGCAGUAAAAUAGCGAGUGUUUCAGAGCCUCAGACGUGUAUUUAUUCACUGAUAUUUGAGACGCCACUAGUCUGCCAUUCACACUCCCUCCUGGUGUAUCCGGUUUUGAGUGAGGCGUUGCAGAAGGAGUGGGAUGAAAUUGCUCAAGCUCGAUAUGAAGAUCUCCUCACAGAACAGGGUCAUAAUAAGCUCCUGAAGGAGCUGUUUGAAGAGGCUGGUUUCCUGAGAAAAGCUCAACAGCCGAAAGCAGAGAAGAGCACGACAUCGCUCACACAUCAGAGUCUGGAGCAGUGCACACAGGAUUUUGAAAAGCAUCGAGCAGAGAUAGAGCGGCUACAAUCACUUCUAACACAACAUAACAUCUCCUACCAGACGACAACAGACAGGACACAGGAUCAGGAGCAGCACCUCCACGGUGACACCGGCUUCAUCGCUGAUCUGCACUAACAUGCCCAGCAGGAUAACAAAACAUUCAGCUAAUCAUUCAGGGAAAAGAUGCUUCUGUGAGAGAAUGGUAUUUUAUGAUGUUUA